AUGUCUAUCCCUUCUUUUGCUUCUACUUCUUUUUCAUUUAUACUCACUUCUUUGUUUGUUUUCUUCAUUUUGACAACAACUUCAUCAUCCUUAGCCAUAAAACUCAACACUACACGCCCCACUCGCCAACUCUCAGUAGAUCACUAUGCCAAAUCUUGCCCCCAACUAGAGCAACUUGUUGGUUUAGUCACUUCUCAACAAUUCAAAGAAUCACCUGCUUCUGGCCCUGCCACCAUUCGCCUCCUCUUCCACGAUUGCUUUGUAGACGGGUGUGAUGCAUCAAUUUUAAUAGCUUCAAAGCCUGGAAGCAAGGAUUUGGCAGAGAAGGAUGCAGAGGAUAAUAGAGAAUUGAAGGUGGAAAGUUUUGAGACUGUAAGAAAGGCUAAGGAACUGGUAGAGAGAAAGUGCCCUGGUGUGGUGUCCUGUGCGGACAUUCUUGUAAUUGCGGCCAGAGAUUAUGUACACUUGGCAGGGGGGCCAUAUUACCAAGUGAAGAAAGGAAGAUGGGAUGGAAAAAUAUCAAUGGCAUCAAGGGUGGGACCCAACAUUCCUCAUGCAAACUCCACCGUUGAUCAACUCAUCAAACUCUUCAAUUCAAAGGGGUUAACCAUACAAGACAUGGUUGCUCUUUCUGGGGCCCACACAAUUGGGUUCGCCCAUUGCAAGCAAUUUGUGACCCGCCUCUACAAUUACCGGGGCAAGGGUCAACCCGACCCAGAUAUGGACCCAAAACUAUUGCAUGCACUAAGAUUGUAUUGUCCAAACUUUGGUGGAAAUUCAGACAUUGUUGCCCCAUUUGAUGCCACGACACCAUUCAUAUUUGACCAUGCCUAUUAUGGUAACUUGCAAAAUAAGAUGGGCUUGCUAGCUUCUGACCAAGCUUUGGUUUUGGACCCGCGAACCAAGCCAUUGGUUCAAGGUUUUGCAAAGGAUAAGCAAAAGUUUUAUCAAGCUUUUAUAGCUGCCAUGGACAAACUGAGUUUGGUCAAAGUUGUGAGAGGGAAAAAGCAUGGGGAGAAAAGAAGAGAUUGUAGCAUGCAUGUGUGA